UCUGACGUCAAGGCGGUCUGUGCUAUGACCCGUUGGAUCAUUUGUAGCAGAGAGGCGGCACACCGGAAAGCUAACGGGUAGCAGAACUCCAUCGGAAAUAGAAGCCUGAGUUUGAAAUCUGUGUGGCAUAUCGAUCUGUACAUUCAAUCUCCAGAACAUUAAUAGGUGCCUGCGUAGGGACUUCCGCGGCAACGAGGCCUUGGAAACUCCUGCAGAAGCGAGCGAAAGGAGCGUUUUGGUCCCGUCAAGUGGGCUAACAAGCUAACUUGGGCCCUAGCUGCUGCUAGCAGUGGAGCUCACUUCCCGCAAGCAAAAGCAAAACAAGGAAUGAGUGAUGAACUCUGUGGUGGUGUCAGAUGGAGGAGGAAACAUAGUGGAGUAUGUCACUGUGGUUGAAGAGUCUCAGCAGCAGGCUGCUGAGGAGGACGAGGAGGUGGUGCAGCAGGAUGGAGAGGCUGUGAUCAUGGUGGAGGAGGAGGAGGAAGAGGAGGAGGAGGGAGUGAUCCUGCAAGAGGAGGAGGGAUCUCCGGCCGUCAUCGUGGAGGAGGUGCCCAGCGCCCAGGUGGAGGAGUGCUACUCGGCCCAGGUCCUGGUGUACGACGACGGGACAUACCUGAUGCAGGACGUGGCUGAGGAGCAGGAGGUGGUGACGGAGGCGGCCGAGUCCGUGGAGAUGUCAGGCCAUGACAUGGUGUGCUUUGACAAAACCUUUGAAGCAGCUGAAGCUCUGCUGCACAUGGAAUCACCUGGAGGCCUUCACAAUGACCGCAGCACAGUAGAGGAUGUGAUGAUGGAGACUGUGGUGGAGGUUUCCACUGAGUGUGGGCCCAUCGAGGAGGACUCCUUCCCCAUCCCUCCUGACUGUGAGCCUGCAGCCAAGAAGAAGAGAGGAGGUGGACGUAAACCCAAAACGCAGCAGCCUGCCUCCAACGGCUCCUAUGACCUGGGGAUCAAGAAGAGGCCGAGGGAAGGAAAAGGAAACACCACAUAUCUGUGGGAGUUCCUGCUGGAGCUGCUGCAGGAUAAAAACACCUGUCCCAGGUACAUCAAGUGGAUGCAGAGAGACAAAGGCAUCUUCAAGCUAGUGGACUCCAAGGCCGUGUCCAGGCUGUGGGGGAAGCACAAGAACAAGCCCGACAUGAACUAUGAGACCAUGGGCCGCGCCCUGAGGUAUUACUACCAGCGAGGGAUCCUCGCAAAGGUCGAGGGUCAGCGACUUGCCUACCAGUUUAAAGAAAUGCCCAAAAACAUCCGUGUGAUCGACGACGACGAGGGAGGCAUGGACAUAAAGAUGGAGGACAGCGAGGUCAUUGUGUCUGGCCAGCUCCCGGUUCACCAGCAGAGCCCUGCCAGCCUAAGCACCCCUGUUAGCACCCAGCCCCAGCAGACCUACGUCACAGUCAUCCCCACCAACGCCUCCACCAGACCCAUCCGAGCCAUGCCACUGGUCAUGACCAACUCUCUAGGCCAUAUGACGCUAAACUCCUCCCCCAUCCUCACCACCACAGGCGUCCCAGUGACCGUAGCGAAGGCCUCCACCAGCGCUCCGCCCAAGCUGGUGAUCCAGGCGCUGCCCACCAUGCUGCCCGCCGGCUCCAAGGCCGGAGAAAAGAUCACCAUCAUCACCAUCCCAGCCAACCAGCUGGCCACGCUAAUGCAGACUAACCCCCCAGGCCAGGUGGCUCAGAUCAUCCAGGCCAAGCCGGUGGCCACCCAGCUGCCUCCAACCGCCAUCAAGCCGGCCGGCGUCCAGCUGGCGCCCGGCCGGACCGCGCCGCAGCUCAUCCUGGCCAAACCGGCCGCAGUCGCCCAGGCUCUGCCGCAGCUCUCGUUGCAGGUGGGCCAGCCUCGUCCUGCACCCCCUACAACCCCCACACAGCAGCACCCCCAGCCCCAAGCAGCACAAUCAGAGGGGGCGGAGCCUCCACCCCUCUCCAGCCCAGCAGCAGCAGCAGCAGAGGCAUCGUCCUGAAAACCUGACCUGAGCUGGGGGGGUUGGGCAAUGGAAUGGGGGUACUGCAGGAAGUGACUGUAGGAAUUGUCAGGAAAUGAAGGACACAUCCUCUCUCUACACCUUCAGAUGAGAGCUGCUUUAUGAUUGGCUGUCGUCACAGCGCUCCCCCAGAGGAUCAAAGGGACGAUUGUGUACACACACACACACACACAACACACAGUUCCCUCAGCGCUCAAACAACAUAAGCAGCCUUAGAUUGUAAAUGAAAAUCUGUCUUUUUGUAAUAAGCCCUGAUAUAAAGACUUUGUGAUGUAAAAACAUUUUUGAUACUCAGCAACUUAAAUGUGGAAUCAGACGUUGGUUCAGUCUCCAGACGUCCCUCUGGGUCACACACACACACACACACACACACACAGCCCCUCUGCUUCAGCUGCUUGACUUCAGAGUGAU